CGCAUGGCCCCCGGCAGCUCUGCAUCUUUACUGGCCCGGGAGAGGGGCUGCCUUUGGAUAGUUCGGGGUUGCGGACCGGGCCAGACCCCACCGCCCCGUCGGGAGCGUGGCAGUUAUUUCUUUGCUCCUCCUCUCCGCAAUUAAGACUGCUGAGCAGUGUGGACUCGGGGCACAGUAUCCUCCCUAGGGAUCCAGCAAUUCUCCCUGCCCUUACUUUCUGGGGGGGGGGGGAAUCUCUUCGGCCCGCUGAGCCUUGUCAAUGGAACAUUUUCAGAAAUCAAGGACCGAAUGUUUUCCCAUCUACCUUCUCUGCAGCUGCUCUUGCUGAAUUCUAACUCCUUCACUGUGAUCCGGGAUGAUGCAUUCGCUGGACUCUUUCAUCUUGAAUACUUGUUCAUCGAAGGGAACAAAAUAGAAACCAUUUCAAGAAAUGCCUUUCGUGGGCUCCGUGACCUGACUCACCUGUCUUUGGCCAAUAACCACAUUAAAGCACUACCAAGGGAUGUCUUUAGUGAUUUAGACUCUCUGAUUGAACUGGAUUUAAGGGGCAAUAAAUUCGAAUGUGACUGCAAAGCCAAGUGGUUGUAUUUGUGGUUGAAGAUGACAAAUUCCACAGUUUCUGAUGUGCUGUGCAUUAGCCCACCAGAAUAUCAGGAGAAGAAGCUUAAUGACGUGACCAGCUUUGACUAUGAAUGUACAACCACAGAUUUUGUGGUUCACCAGACCUUGCCCUACCAGUCGGUGUCCGUGGACACGUUCAACUCCAAGAACGACGUGUACGUGGCCAUCGCGCAGCCCAGCAUGGAGAACUGCAUGGUGCUGGAGUGGGACCACAUUGAAAUGAACUUCCGGAGCUAUGACAACAUCACAGGCCAGUCCAUCGUGGGCUGCAAAGCCAUCCUCAUUGAUGACCAGGUCUUUGUGGUGGUGGCCCAGCUCUUCGGCGGCUCUCACAUUUACAAAUACGAUGAGAGCUGGACCAAGUUUGUCAAAUUCCAGGACAUCGAAGUGUCUCGCAUCUCCAAGCCCAAUGACAUUGAGCUGUUUCAGAUCGAUGAUGAGACGUUCUUCAUCAUUGCAGACAGCUCUAAAGCAGGGCUGUCAACAGUCUACAAAUGGAACAGCAAAGGCUUCUACUCGUACCAGUCCCUGCACGAGUGGUUCCGAGACACAGACGCGGAGUUUGUUGAUAUUGAUGGGAAAUCGCACCUCAUCUUGUCCAGCCGCUCCCAGGUACCCAUCAUCCUCCAGUGGAAUAAGAGCUCCAAGAAGUUCGUCCCCCAUGGUGACAUCCCCAACAUGGAGGACGUGCUGGCUGUGAAGAGCUUCCGCAUGCAGAACACCCUGUACCUGUCACUCACCCGAUUCAUCGGGGACUCUCGAGUCAUGAGGUGGAACAAUAAGCAGUUCGUGGAGGUCCAGGCGCUGCCAUCCCGGGGUGCCAUGACUCUGCAGCCAUUUUCUUUUAAAGAUAAUCACUACCUGGCCCUGGGGAGUGAUUACACAUUCUCGCAGAUAUACCAGUGGGAUAAAGAGAAGCAGUUGUUCAAAAAGUUCAAGGAGAUCUAUGUGCAGGCCCCGCGUUCCUUCACAGCCGUCUCCACCGACAGGAGAGAUUUCUUUUUUGCAUCCAGUUUCAAAGGGAAAACAAAGAUUUUUGAACACAUCAUUGUUGACUUAAGUUUGUGAAUGUGUAAUGGGUGACAUUUAAAAACUCCAUGUAGCAUUAGCUCUCCCGAGAGAGGACCGAGAAGAAAUAAAAUAAUAAAAUAACAUGAGCCAGGCUCAGA